GGGACGAGCUCACAGCAGGACACACACUGACCGGACACAGCUCACCUAACACAGAAAACAACACCAUGGAUUUUUGUUUCGCGACUUUUGCUGCUGUUUUGGUGCUCCUAGGGGCUGCAUCCUGCGCUCCGACCGGACACCCUCUGCAUGAUGCAUGCGGGGCUGUGCCGAGCAGCUCUCUGGAGCUCAAUGACAUCGCCAGAUCUGUAUCAAUAAAGGCACGAAAUGGAUCCAAAGAUGUACUAAACUUCACCACCACCCUUGGUUGGAUGGAGACAAAAGACAUGUGUGACCCCGAGACUCUCAAACAGCAACCUGCGACAUGUCUUGGCAAGAUGCUCAACGUCCUGACCAGCUACAUGUCUGCAGUGGAGAGGGUCGCUGGAUUUGAAAGCUGCUCCAAAUUUGUCAAAGAAGUGGAGCUGCCGAUACACAAACUGCACAAAGACAUGAGCUCCUGUGUGAAGUCCACAGCAGAGAUACAUCACCAGAAGGAGUCCAGCACCAAUAAAGAGGAGACAUGGCCCAAAGGUCACUGGAAGGAGAUUUAUCUGUGCCAGUACACCAUGGACAGACUCUUCUCCUUCUCCAUCCUUGCCGCUCGUGUCUUUGCUGUUGGAGAUCCGGCUCAUCACACAGACAUUGUGGCUCAGAAAUGUAGAGCGUGAAAUGUUUGCUGAUGUGCAGCUGUAAAUCGUACAAGCAUCCUCUAUGUGAUCACAUUGAUCAAAGUCUCUUGUACAGCUCUCUGUGGCUGAUGAUGCAUCGACAACAGUGUUUUCACUCUUGUUUCUCCCAUGUACACAUGGGUCUGUAUUUCCAAUGGGAUUAUUAUCUAACAUAU